AUGGGAGUUAUUAUUAGGAUUGUGGUCAACUCGUUGCUUGAGUAUGGCAAGCAGGAAAGACAAGUAUUCGAAAGAGUAGGCCCGGUGAUGAGCUCCAAGAUAGUGGGUUUAAGUGGCAUGGGGUUGUGGUGCCUUUUGGCCAGAGAGCUUAAUGAUUGGAAUAAAAGUAAGUUGACGUGCCUUGUAAAAGUACAGCAAGUAGCUCUUGUGAAGCAGUAUGGUGCAGCAGAAAGCACCCUGUCUAGGGGUCAACAAACCUGUGUUCUGGUGUCAGUUCUGCUCCUAGCUUCCUUUUAUGAAGUUUAUUUAUUUAUUUCGAGAGAGACAGAGAGUAUCUAUUCAGGUCCACCUGAAGAAAGUGCUACACCUCCAGUGCCUCCACCUCGAGUGACAGCAAGAAGGCACAAACCAAUCACAAUUUCAAAGCGCUUGUUGCGAGAAAGAACAGUUUUUUAUACUUCUUCUGUGGAUGAAAGUGAAGAUGAAAUCCAACAUCAAACACCCAAUGGUGUUAUCACCAGCAGUAUAGAACCCCCCAAGCUACCACAAUACCCCAAACUGCCUAUUCAGAGGAGUGGGGAAGCUGAUACUGAGAGGCAGUCCCCAAGCAGGCUUGUUUCAGAUGGCAAGUUGGAGUCCUGUCCUGAAGUGGAUGUGGGGAAGCUGGUGUCUAGGAUGCAAGAUGGAGGAACCAAGGCCAUAUCAAAGGCCACCAAUGGACCUGUGCCAGGCUCUGGGCCCACCAAAGCACCCUCUUUCCAAAUAAAGAGACCAGCUCCUCGUCCCCUGACUCACCACAAGGAGGGAGACUCUGACAGUUUCAACAAAGUGCGGCCUCUAGGAGAAAAGCCAACCAUUGUCCGUCCUCCAGUGAGGCCUCCAGAUCCUCCGUGCCGGGCAGCUACUCCCCAAAAGCCAGAACCAAAGGCAGAUAUUGUGGUUAGCAAUGCAGGGGGAAUCUCAUCGUCUGUGGUGGCUUCCAGGACCAGGUUCUUUGAAACAGCUUCCCGAAAAACAGGAAGUUCUCAAGGAAGACUUCCUGGAGAUGAGAGUUGAGGCCUCAGGUUUUGAAAUCCUUGGUCUCAGAGGAUCCUCCACAGGUUCUGGAAGGGUCUUCUUCAAACCCUUGUGUGUUGAGUCAUUUUGUGCUGAGGAGAGCAGCUUCUUCCUGGCCUUG